AUGAGCAGCAGCAGUUCAAGCAGCGGCGGUGGAAGCCUGGAUGGCAGCAGCCCGUACGUGUACAUGUUCAUACUCGGCGUCGUCGUCCUCAUCGUCGUCAUCACCCUCUCCUGCUACCAUUGCAUCCGUGCCAGCCGGGCGGUGGGAAGGGGGAUCGUCGAGGCCACGCUCCAGACCUACCCGACGGUCCUGUUCUCGAGCGUGAAGCACCAUGAGGAGAUUGGGGGUGGUUCUUGCUCCAUAUGCUUGGGAGAAUACGAGGAGAGCGAUGUUCUGCGGCCGCUGCCGGAGUGCAGGCACUUCUUCCAUAUGGAGUGCAUCGACCCGUGGCUGAGACUGCACGCCACAUGCCCCAUCUGCAGGAAGUCGCCGGAGGAGCAGCUGGGCCAUCCUGGACUUGAACCAGAGACCGUGGCCGUGCCGGUCGACGGUGAUCUUCACAGCGGAGACAGUUUUUUGGCAGAUCUUUGGUGGAGGGUCAUUGCAGAAGAGGAAGAAUCGUUCAGCUCAGAUGCUGGCAGCCGCGGCCGCCGCCGUCCAAAAGGUGGCAAUUCCUCCUCUGAACGUGCUUCUUGA